UUUCCACAGGGCUACCUCCAGUACUCGGUUUUAUUCUACGGCUACUACGGACAGGCAAGGAAGAUUGGGACAGCAGGCUACCGGCUGCCCCUUGCUUACUUCCUCGUCGGAAUGGCCGUCUUUGCUUACAGCUUCAUCAUCCUCUUAAAGAAGAUGGCUAAAAAUUCAAGAAUGAGCCUAGCAAGCGCUUCUGAUGAAAAUUACACAUUUUGUUGGCGUGUCUUCUGUGCCUGGGAUUAUCUCAUUGGCAACCCUGAGGCUGCAGAGAGCAAAUCAGCUGCCAUAGUUAACAGCAUCAGGGAAGCCAUACUAGAAGAACAGGAAAAGAAGAAAAGCACAAACAUGGCCGUGACCAUAAGCUUAAGGAUCAUCGCCAACAUCCUUGUUCUCCUCUCACUCGCCGGAAGCAUUUACAUCAUUUACUUCGUAGUGGAUCGAUCCCAGAAAUUAGAGCGUACGAAAAAGGAGCUAACACUCUGGGAAAAGAAUGAGGUAAGUGUUGUUGUCUCCCUCAUCACAAUGCUCGCUCCUUCUGCCUUCGAAUUGGUUGCUGCACUGGAGAUGUACCACCCUCGAACAACCCUACGCUUUCAGCUAGCCAGAGUUCUUGUCUUAUAUCUGGGAAAUCUAUACAGUUUGAUCAUUGCACUUCUGGACAAAGUGGACAGCAUGAGCAUCGCUGAAUCUGAAGUUCACAACAAUGGAAGCACCACCACAGUGGUUGCCACCACCACCACCUCAGCUACUAAACUUAUUAGAGAAGACAACUUUUCAACAAUCAUUCCCAGUAUGCAUAUUAUGAGGACCAGCACCUUUCUUCUGGUUGACAACCACACUCAAAGCUACGCUCUACCCAUCAGCAUGGUGACCAACAAGACAGCAUCUUAUGAAUCCAACACUCAAAGCCACCAAGAUCAAUGCUGGGAGACCUAUGUUGGGCAGGAAAUGUUGAAGCUGUCGAUUAUUGACAUGCUCUUCACCGUGGCGAGCAUCCUGUUGAUUGACUUCUUCCGUGGGCUUUUUGUCCGAUACUUAAGUGACUGUUGGUGCUGGGAUCUGGAAAGCAAAUUUCCAGAAUAUGGAGAAUUCAAAAUAGCAGAAAAUGUCCUGCAUUUGGUCUACAAUCAAGGGAUGAUUUGGAUGGGAGCCUUCUUUUCGCCCUGCCUCCCAGCGUUCAACGUUCUCAAGCUGAUAGGGCUCAUGUACCUGCGGAGCUGGGCUGUGCUAACUUGCAAUGUCCCCCAUCAGCAAGUCUUCAGAGCCUCUAGAUCUAAUAACUUCUACCUGGCUAUGCUGCUCUUCAUGCUAUUUUUGUGUAUGCUUCCAACCAUAUUUGCUAUUGCCCGCUAUAAGCCAUCCCUCACCUGUGGGCCGUUUAGCGGACAAGAAAAAAUAUAUGACAUUGUGUCCGAAACCAUUCAAGCUGACUUUCCUGUCUGGUUCCACAAGAUGAUGAUUUAUGUGAGCAGCCCUGUAGUUGUCCUCCCGGCUUUAUUGCUUCUCUUCAUGCUAAUUUAUUAUCUGCAGAGUAUUGCUAGGUCGCUAAAAUUCACUAACAAUCAACUGAGGAUGCAGAUCCAGAAUGAAAGAACUGAAGACAAGAAAAAAGUGGUCCAAAUGGCAGCAGCCAGAAUACAAACUACAGAAGGAAACGACAUAAGGCCGGAGCAGGAGAGUGACAUCAUCAGCCAGGAGUCCUCAGCCCGGUGCUCGACGCCGAGGAAGAACGGCAGUGUGGUGAACUUUGAGUCGCCCAAAGGCAGGAGAAUACAAACCAUCUCCCAGUCCGUAGCGCAGCCUGAAGUAGCCAAGCCAGUCAGCCCACCGCCAGCAAAUGCUCUUCCUGCAGCCCCAGCGCCUAUAGCGGCUCCCUUGCCCGUAGCAUCCCCAGUGCCCAUAGCUCCGACACCCGUCACUCCAACGCCAUCUCUGCCCAGUGUACCGAAGCCGAGAGCGGAACCCAUCGCCAACAGAUACCCAAGUGCUGCCCAUGGAAGUGCAAGCGACCUCUGCAAAGCCAAGGCUUACACCCCUGUGAAGUACAAGAAGCGCCUAGAAGAUGUUCACUCAGAACCUCUGUUCAGGAAGAGCCUCCGACAAGCCAACCCCGAGGCUCGCGGCGCUGGCGGCACCCCUGCUUUUGUGGGCCGCAGGUCUCACACGGCCAGGUACUUCCUUGUCAACGAGCACGAACCCCGGAAAAAGCUCCUCCGCUCCACCACGCGGCUGCCAAGGAAUUUCCGAAUGGACGAGUCGGGGGACAUCGUGGAGCUGUAUCCGAGAAACAUCCGGAGGUACAUGGUUCGGACGCCACACAGGGCCUACUCCCCUCAUUUCAGCGAAGAGGAGGAAGAAGAGGAGCUGAGGAGGGCUCUGGCCAAUAGAUCUCACCGCCCACGGUCACUCUCCGAUCUCCGAGCAGCCCCCCGCUUCUACAUUGGAGAGUGUGCUGACAGCCAGAUCCUUAGUAGCAAGGCGCUGGCGAAGAUGCACUACAAAUCUUGGGAAGAUGGCUUCGGGCUCACGUUUGGCAGGCCCCCUCACGCCCACCGGAAGAUUCACCUGAAGAACAUUGAACUGGACCCACGCUACCCGGAGCAGCACCCGAAGGCAAAAUCCAAACACAAGCCCGAGCCGUCCCCGACGGAGUCUGACUCCAUCUCUGUCGAAUCGAGCAGUGACCAGCCAACUAGCGGCAACGACCAAUACAUCCAAGUCAUCCACAGCAAAGACAAGUACCUGAAACCUGGAGCGACGUUAACCAGGAAGAAAUCCAAGACUGGUGCCGACUUGAACAUGGCCGAGGCUAAUGAACUGAUAUGCUCAAAUGUUUAGUGGGGAAAGACGAGGCUGCCUCAUUCAAGAGCAGAAGUUCCUAAACUUCUUUGGCCUACAACACCACGCCCCGUUCUGAAAAGAAAAUGCAGUGGUACCUCGGUUUUCAAACGUAAUCCGUUCCAGAAGACCGUUUGACUUCUGAAACGUUCAAAAACCGAGGCACAAAGGGCGGCCUCCCAGUUCAAUAGAGAAAAUUGUGGAAAACAACAGAUACAUGCAGCGGAGGCCGUUCGACUUGUGAGGCACAUUAGAAAACAGAAGUAUCUACUUCCGGGUAUUUGGCUUUUGAAAACAGAAACUUUUGGCAAUGGAGAUGUCUGAAAACUGAGGUACCACUGUACUCUGUGUCUCCCCCCCCCCCCCCCCGCCGCAGUAAAGGUUUUUCAAAACUGGACGAAGGGUAGGGUAGGCCACGGGAUUAAAAAUCCAUGGGGUGGACCAGAGUCCGAUCUUCCCCAGGGGUGGUGCCCCAGCCCACCUGCCAUUGGCCAAAUAGGCAGGAAAGCUGAGAUCCACUUUCCGGGCUUGGUGAACCACAGCUUCCUAUCAACCCAACUGGCCAUGCUGGUUGGGGCUGAUAGCAGCUGGGGUCCAGCCAUACCCAGAGUGCCACAUGGUACACAUCCCUGCUUAAAAAUUUUUUUUAAGCAAAUAGGCAAUUGCAUUGUGCUUGGAGCAGAUACCAAUCAGUCCUUAUACUGAGCAAGAUUCUCUAUAUUCAAUCAUUCGUGGCUGAACUGUUACUGUGAAAUGAUAUUGCAGCGGUAGAGAAAGGCAUUUAAAAGCACUCAAAAGAAAUGUACAGAAACCAUUGUGUGAAGCUUAUUCCACCCUCUCAUGAAUCUUGGUGUAGUGUACUCACAAGUAAGCCACAAUGCAUUCAAAAGGACAUAUUACUAGGUUAAGUGUGUAUAAGAACAACAUGAAGGAUUGCAUUCUGCAUCAUUGCCAGAAGGUGGCGCUGCUGAGUUGCUCUCUGUUAUGCUUGGGUACCACCUAUGGCUGGAGGAUGGUACUACAUCUUCCAGUUCAGCAGUUGCCACGUGACACAGGUAGCCCAAUAGGGUUCCACCUGGCUGUAUAAAAUCACUCGGAUUGGCUCCUCCUUGCUCCGAGUUUUUAUGACAACCACUUUCAGAUUGCAAACCUGCUUAGCACCUCAUUGCCUGUUCUGCCUCCAGAUCAACAGUGCACUUUCUAACUCUGUACAAUACAGUGCUCAUCACUGGCAUUAAAUAAAAUAUUAAAAGCAGUAGUUGAAUAUAGUUUGAAAACUCACGUCUGGUCAACUCCCUUCUUAACAUCAGUGUUUAGUAUCUGCUUUGCUUCAGUUUUGCACGGU